UAAAGUUACGCCUAAAACGGUAACACUGGAUUCUUCUGUUUUUGUUGUUGCUAUUUUGAUAAUUUAUUAAAUUUUGCACAAAAUACGCGCCAUCUAAACGCCAAAUGGCCCAUUUAAGCUGAGAUUUAAGGCAUUGGCAGAAACAGGCGAUGCAAUUACCCGGAAUAUUCACCCACAAACGCCUGCAAACGAAUAAUUGGCCAACAGUUGUGGCGUCCAGAGCAUUUUGACGCCAUUCCUCGUAUCGGGCGCGAGCAUCCCGAGUUUUAAUUUUUGUUUGUGGCUUGGUUUUUGGCGCGCGCGUCGCUGGAAUUUGUCGCUGGUUAUUUUGCGCAAAUUUCAAUAAUUGGCGCAUGUUUCGGUGGCAUCGUUAGAUGUCGCAACCGAUGCCGUUGGGUAGCCAGGAUCAGCUGGUUCUCCAAAACACAGCACUAGCCGAUAUCCUUUCCGAUUUGUGCAUCGUCAUUCAAGGCAGGCGGACGCCCGACGAACAUGAAGGCACGCUGGUACGUGCUAAUCACCAUAUAAGCUCGAACCUGACCCUACCCAUUUGCGAACGAGAGUGCGUCCAGAGGAUUGUGAGCAAACUGAACACCGGGUCGCAUCCCGACGACAACGAAAGUCCCGGCGAUCUCUUCCUGAAAGUCUACCGCAAGCUGCUGGCGGUGAAAAUCGACUCGAAUCUCAGGCACUCAUUGAUGUGCUUCCUGCUGACCCUGGCGGACAAAUCCAUGGAGCUGAAAUCUAUUAACGGAACUGGGGCCGGUGGCGACAACCUGAAGCAUACAUUGGGCAUCCGGAACCCCAGCUCCUCAACGCACAGCAUCAACGGCUCGACAUCGAGCCACUCGUCCCGUCAGAAUGGCAGCGUUGGGAUCUACAGCUACGAUGCCACACAGUCGAGUGUGGGCUUCGGUAGACAGCCCCUGCCCGACUACAUGACGAACAUGAAGGCCCAGAAGAAUCUGGAAGCCACGCAGGACAUCGUGAUGAAUGCCAUCUACUCGUUCACCGGCGUCCAGGGAAAGUAUCUAAAGAAGGAUGUGGUCUCGGGUCGCUUCAAGCUCGAUCCGGUGAACGCCAAGACCCUGUCUCCGGUUCAGGCCGGCAUGCUGUUGCGGCUAUCCGAGCUGGGCUACUACCACGAUCGGGUGGCCAAGUUCGCGGACGUGACCACCGGCUUCAAUGCCAUGGGCUGCAUGGGUCAGGCCUUCAUAUCGAAGCUCAAGGAGGAGCUAAUGGAGUUCCACGGCCAGGUGGCGGUGCUCCAUGACGAGCUGACCAAGUUCCGGGAUAAUCAGCUGCGCCAGCACAUCGAGAAGGACCGGAGCUGGAUGGAGAAGACAGAGCCGGGGGCACUGGGUGAAGUGACGCUGCUGAAGCUGCUGGCCUGGUAUGUGACGCCGUUGCAUCGGAUGCAGUGGCUCACAAAGAUCGCCGACACCUGCCAGCUGCGCAAGGGCGGGGAACUGGCCUCCGCUGUCUUCAACUACCUGGACAAUGGCAACUCGAUGGUGAACGAAUUGGCCAGUUCGCUGCUCACCGCCAUAUGUGGUCCCCUCGUCCGGAUGAUCUCCAAGUGGAUGCUGGAGGGCGGCAUAUGCGACAGUUACGGGGAGUUCUUUGUGGAGUCACUGAACGAAGUAGGAGCGGACCGACUCUGGCACGAUAAGUUCAGGCUGAGGGUCAACAUGAUGCCCAAGUUCAUAACCCUGGAGCUGGCCGACAAGAUCCUCAAAACGGGCAAGAGUAUUAACUUCCUGCGGGAGAUAUGCGAGAUGACGGAACUGGUCAGGGGUCGGGAGGAGCUCAAGGAGCUCAUGAACAACAAUGUUUCGCACAUAUUCUCGUAUGUGCAGGACACCAAUUGGCAUGCCGCGGUGGAGACAUGCUACCAGCAGACCUCCAAGCAUGUCCUGGACAUCAUGGUGGGUCCCCACAAGCUGCUGGAUCAUCUGCACGGAAUGCGUCGCUACUUGCUCCUGGGCCAGGGCGAUUUUGUCAGCAUUCUCAUUGAGAAUAUGAAGGAUGAGCUGGAGCGGAAGGGCACUGAUAUAUACGCCCACGAUCUCUCGGCCAUGCUGGACGCAGCUCUGCGCUGCACCAACGCCCAGUACGACGAUCCGGAGAUACUGAACCACCUGGAUGUGGUGGUGCAGACCCCCUUCCCCGGCGACUGCGGCUGGGACAUCAUCUCGCUGCAGUACAUCGUCCAGGGACCACUGGCCACCAUGCUGGAGCCAACGAUGCCCACCUACAAGGCCCUCUUCAAGCCCCUCUGGCGGAUGAAGCACAUGGAAUUUGUGCUCUCCAUGAAGAUCUGGAAGGAGCAGAUGGGCAACUCCAAGAUCCUUCGCAUGAUGAACCCCGAGAUUGGAAAAGCCUCCUACCGCCUUCACCUGUUUACCUCCGAGAUUAUGCACUUCAUCCACCAGAUGCAGUAUUAUGUGCUCUUCGAGGUCAUCGAGUGCAACUGGGUGGAGCUGCAGAAGAAAAUGGUGCAGGCCACCGCCCUGGACGACAUCCUGGAGGCUCACGAGAAGUUCCUCAAGACGAUCACCGUGGGCUGUUUUGUAAACACGAUGACGGACAUGGAGCGGCACCUGGAGACGGUCUACGAGAACAUCAUUGGCCUGGAGAACUGGCAGUCGGCGUUCUAUAAGGAGUGCUUCAAGGAGCUCGAUGCACGGAAAGCCCUGGCCAAGAAGGUGAUGGAGUCGGAGGCGAGUGGCCAGUUUGGUCUGACCGCCGAUGAGAUAUUCGAGCGGGACCACGAGCGCAAGCAAUUCGACGAGCGGGUGUCCAUCGCCUGCCGGGGACUGGACGACAUUGCCAUUGCCUACGAGAAGGCGGUCAGUGGCUUUCUGCUGGCCCUCAACUCCAAUAACGAUCCCAACCUGCAGCUGUUCGGCACCCGAUUGGACUUCAACGAGUACUACAAGAAGCGGGACACCAACCUGAGCAAGCCCCUCACCUUCGAGCACAUGCGGAUGAGCAGUGUCUUCUCCACGUCCAACAAGUUGAGCCACAGCAGCCGGUUCGUGAUCCAUCCCCAGGCCUCCAAGGAAUAGCAUUUGCCGAGAUCGAGAUCGAGGUCGAGGUCGAGGUCAAGGUCGAGAUUGAGGUCAAAGUCCUUACCACCACACCCGUGUGCCAAUAUAGCGAUCCAGUCGACUUGCUGCGCCAUAUUAUAAUAUUUUUAAUCUAAAAGCGAAACGAACAAGCAAUCAUUGCAACUCAAUCGAAAUCCAAAUGAAUCUGCACAAAUAUCUCGAGCAUUUCUGCAAAAGCCUUGGAACGAAGAUAUCUCAAAUAUUUAUCUCCAACUUUAUUUUUUUGUUUUUACCAUUGAUUAGUUUUAAAUGGAAUUAUGUUUGUCGCAUGUUUUUUGGCGCACAUUGUUUUUUGUAAUCCACUGAUUUUCUACAUCGAUUACUGUAGUUAAGAAGUUAAAAAAAAAAGACACUAAAACUUUAAAACUAAUAAGAAGAAACACAAAGCCUAAUUAGCCAAAUGUUACAACACGUUUCCUUAAGUGCGUUUGUCAAUUUUGAAAGCUGGAGAUAAGAAAAUGUUAAAUAUUUUAAAUGCCCAGGUGUUUAAGGAAGUUUUAAAAUGUUAAUGUUUUAAACAAUGUUUUAAGCCAGUCGUGUUGCGAGCUCCCAAUAAACGCUAAAAUGCUCUGUAA